AUGGCCGUUUUGUACUUCUUCCGCGAACCGGAAACCGUCUACGACUGCGCCAGCUUCAUCUGUGGCCUCCAGUUCAUGAUGGGCUGCAGCGGUUUUAGUGGUCGAGGAUCACAGUUCAGGAUCAGCCGGUGGCGCAGGAUUUACUCCCUGGUGGUGACUGUUCUGACAUUACUAGGACUAUUCGGUUCUCUGAGUGUCCUCUUGGCCGCCGACGAUGUUCAAGAGCAACUAAAGCACGCCGACAAGCUGGUUCUGAGCAUCGCUGUCCAGGAACUGGCACUAUCCACAUUAGUGUUUGUGGCCACUGUCGCAUCCCUGCAGUUAGCAGCCCGUCGCCACUUGGGAAUCUACAAAAGAUUGGCCGCCUUGGAUCUCAAGCUGAUGCGGGACUUUGGAGCUAAUUUGAAUUACAGGAAAAUGCUGAAAAAAAACAUUGUGAUCCUGGCCCUGGUCAGUGUUUUGUACUUGGUGGCCAUUAACAGUGCCGCCAUACAAGUGGGCAGUAGUCACCGAGUCCUCUUUCUGAUCUCAGUCUUUUGCUAUGCCAUAGUUACGGGCGGACCCCACUUCACGGGCUAUGUGCACAUGAACUUGGCCGAAUUGCUGGGCAUUCGUUUCCGCCUGCUGCAGCAGCUGCUCCAUCCAGAAUUCCUGGAGUGGCGCUUUCCCCAGAAGCAACUGAGGGAAGUGCGCAUUCGACAAAUGGUGGUCAUGGUCCAGGAGCUGCUUUACCUUGUCCAGGAGAUUAAUGCUGUAUACGCUCUUAGCCUGUGGUCGGCCAUUGCCCACGAUCUGGCCAUGACCACCAGCGAGCUGUACAUCCUAUUCGGAAUGUCUGUGGGAAUCGGUGGAGGUGGAGCUGACCAGCAGGAGGAGGAAGAGGAGGAGGAGCAGGGCAUCAACUAUCGAAUGCUCGGUUACGUGGCCCUCUGCAUGGCCACUCCGCUCUACAAGCUGCUGAUCGCCCCUUUCUACUGCGAUCGAACCAUCCGCGAGGCCCAGCGAUGCCUCCGUCUUGUAGAGCAGCUGGACAACUGGUUCCCAAAGAUUGCCUCGCUCCGUCCAUUGGUCGAGUCCCUGAUGUGCUGGCGAAGGCAGGCCAGGAUUCAGUUCACCAGCGGCCUAGAUGUCGUUCUCAACAGGAGGGUUAUUGCUCUGUUCACCUCGAUCCUGGUCAACUAUUUGCUCAUCCUUAUCCAGUUUGCCAUGACCCAGAAGAUGGGUGAGCAAAUUGAACAGCAGAAAGUUGCUCUACAAGAUUGGAUUGGUUACUAA